AUGGCAAAAACGCCCGGUUCGGGAAAGAAACAGCGCUCCAUUAGCGCGUUCUUCACGCCUAGAGCCACUGUCAAAGCCGAGUUGCCCCUGCCUGUUGAAAAAAGUCCAACUCAGGAAACCUUGGCCACCAAAAGAAACCUUUCUCAGUUCCAGCAUGGCUCCCACGGCGAUGGCGAAGAACCACCGAGCCCAAAGAAGGCCAAACCAGCUAAAUUGGCUUCUUCCAGGAACUCUGAUAAGACGGCACAGCCAAAAACACCAAAAUCCAAGCUAACGCCGCUUGAGAAGCAGUUCAUAGAGCUCAAGCGGGCCAAUGCAGAUAAGAUCUUGGCGAUUCAGGUGGGAUACAAGUUCAAAUUCUUUGGAAACGACGCUGUGGUGGCGCUGCAGCUCCUAAAUAUCAUGCUUAUACGAGGCAAUCUCGAGUUGGAUGAAAGAACCCACGACAGAUUCGCAUACUGCUCCAUUCCAGAUAACCGUUUACACAUUCAUUUGCAAAGGCUCCUCAACCACGGAAUGAAGGUAGGCGUUGUGAAGCAAACAGAAACGGCCGCCAUCAAAUCAGCAGAAUCCAAAUCGGGUCUUUUUGAACGUCGAAUCACUGGCGUAUACACCAAAGCGACCUAUAUGGGCGACGAGAUGCUCACAGGAGACCCAAGUAUCAACCGGUCUGGCCAAGUGGACGAGUCAGGAGAAGCCAACAGCUACAUUAUGGCCAUUCACGAGGGUGAUGCCAAAAACACUGCGGUAGUUGCAGUCCAGCCUGUUACAGGAGACAUUAUUUACGACGUGUUCUCCGAUAACAGCAGCAAGGAUGAGCUUGAGACGCGUCUCGCGUACUUAGUUCCGUCAGAGGUGUUGAUCAUCAAUAACGGUUCGUCCAUGAGCCAUGAAACCCAGAAGAUUGUUAAGUUGAGAAACCCCUCUGCAUCGGUCCAGUUCAGGGUACAGAAGAAGCAGCUGGAAGUUCAAGCAGAUUUGCAAAAAUUCUUCUCCAGCGUUGAGUCGAACGAAAAGGUCUCCCAUUUGUCAGACCAUUACCAGCUAAAUUAUCAUGCUGCUGUAUGUGGAUGCAUUAACGAACUCAUAGGCUAUCUUUCUGAAUUUCAGCUCAGCAACGUCUUCACCAUUCCUAGCAAUAUAUCUUCAUUCACAGAUUCCCGCAAAUACAUGCUCCUACCAGCAAACACGCUACGAGCAUUGGAUAUAUUCGAAGUGGAGGAUGAUCCCUCUUCCAGAAAGGGCACACUCAUAUGGUUACUUGAUCAUACGAAAACCAAAAGUGGCUCCCGGCUUCUCCACAAAUGGAUCUCAAGACCACUUGUCAACAAAGAUGAGAUUGAGGAGAGGCUCACGGCUGUUCAGACUCUCCGAGACGGCCGCUUUGUGCACAUGUUGGACGUUCUCAAAUCGACAAUACAGAAGCUCGGAAAGGAUGGUAUUGAUUUAGACAGGCUCUUGAUCAAAGUCCACUACUCAGCCGAGUACAAGAACGACAAGAUUGCUCGAAAGGAUGUUUACCUUAUGCUCAAAGGAUUCAGCGAUGUUCUUGACGUUUUCCAAAAGUUUGGGCAGAAGGGUCUUGCUGAGUUCAAGGCUUCCAACACCUCCUCUUAUUUACAAGAUUUGUUGGAAAAGAUGGCAGAACUUGCGAAAGAACCUCAUGUUGAACAAUUACUUGAUCUGAUCAACUCCUCUGCUGCUAUAGACAACAGUAAUCUCAACGAUCAAAGGACAAAAUUCUUCAACCUAGGUGAUGACAGAUUCGGAAGCAUUCAACAGGAGCAAGACAACAUUGAAGCGGUCGAAACUCAGUUAAGCGAAGAGCUCAACUCAAUCAGACUGUUCUUAAACAGACCACAACUACAGUACAUUUCCAAUCUCAAAGAUACACAUUUGAUUGAGGUCCGAAACGGAAAAAAUGUUGAUGCAUUGCCAUCAGAUUGGCUCAAGAUCAGUGGCACGAAGUCAGUCUCCAGAUUCAGACCACCUGAAGUUAGCAGACUUCACAAGGAGCUCAACUACCAUCAAGAUAAACUCCUCAAAGUGUGCGACGAAUGCUUCAACAAGUUUCUCAAGGAGAUUGAUUCUCACUACGAGUUUCUUCAUCAUAUCGUCAGCAAUGUUUCCGUCUUUGACUGUCUCUUGUCAUUAGCAUCUGUUGGAGCAGACGACCAAACUUACGUCAAGCCUAGACUUGUGGACGAGCAAGUUGUUGAUAUCAAGGAGGGAAACCACCCGAUCCUAUAUGCUUUGGCACAGAAUUCAACGUAUGUCCCAAACAAUGUCGAUUUAUCGCAUGACAAGAAUAGAGUCAUGAUUAUCACAGGACCCAAUAUGGGCGGAAAAUCAUCUUAUGUCAAGCAGGUUGCUCUUUCUGUGAUUAUGACGCAGAUUGGCGCUUUCAUUCCUUGUGAAUCAGCGACAUUGGGCGUAUUUGAUUCAGUAUUCAUACGAAUGGGCGCUUCCGACAACAUUCUAAGAGGCAAGUCGACAUUCAUGGUUGAAAUGGCAGAAUCUGCCAGUAUCAUCAACAGCUUCACUUCCAAAUCGCUAGUUGUGCUUGAUGAAAUCGGUCGAGGAACGGGUACAAGUGACGGUAUUGCAUUGGCCUAUUCGAUUUUAAGAUACAUGAUAGAGAGUGACCAAAAGCCGUUGACGCUAUUCAUCACACACUAUCCUUCAUUGCAUGUUUUGGAAAGCGAGUUUGAAAACGUCAAGAACUACCACAUGUCGUUUUUGGAGACUAAUAGAGGGACAGACCAGGACUGGCCAGAGGUGGUUUUCUUGUACAAGUUGGCGCAAGGUGUUGUAUCAAAUUCUUACGGUCUAAACGUCGCUAAGCUAGCAGGCAUUCCGGUCGAUGUGAUAAGAAACGCCCACGCUCAGUCAGACUUCACUCAUUGA